GUGGUGCCUGGGCAUCAAAGCAACCAGAGGUGCGAAUCCCGGCGUCUCUUUCCCACUCUCCGUGUCGACAAAAAGGUGAAAAAUUAAAGAAAUGGGUGGCAAAGCAGAAUUCACGGUGGAGGUGAGGCGGAAGGAGGUGGUGGCGGCGGCGCUGCCAAUGCAAGAGCAUUGGGUGGCGCAGUCCAACCUAGACUUGCUCUUGCCUCCUUGCGACGUCAGCGUCUUCUUCUGCUAUAAGAAGCCCGCCGGCGGAGACUUCCUCUUCACAUUCGGUUCCAUGGUCGGCGUUCUGAAGAAGGCCCUGGCCAAAGCCCUUGUUUCGUACUAUGCAUUUGCCGGCAAGAUAGUGCAGAACACGGUGGGCGAGCCCGAGCUUCUGUGCAACAACCGAGGUGUCGACUUCGUCGAAGCUUUUGCCGACGUCCGGCUCCAAGACCUCAAUUUGUACAAUCUUGAGGAAAGCAUCGAAGGCAAGCUCGUGCCCAAGAAGAAGCAUGGUGUUCUCUCUGUUCAGGCCACAGAACUUAGUUGCGGCGGCGUGGUGGUGGCGUGCACCUUCGACCACAGGGUGGCCGACGCCUACUCCGCCAACAUGUUCCUCGUCUCGUGGGCGGAGAUGGCUCAGGCCAAACAACUCUCUCUCCUGCCGUCCUUCCGCCGGUCGUUGCUCAACCCGCGGCGUCCGGGAUUUUACGACCCUUCGCUGGACGACAUGUAUGUCACUAUCUCCGCCCUCCCGCCGCCGCCCAAAAACCACCAGCCCGACCCCGACAACCACCUCUUCAGCCGCAUCUACUACAUCGAAGCUGACCAACUCAGCCGCCUGCAGGCUCUGGCCGAUGGCGGUAUGCUUGGCCGGAAGACCACCAAGCUCAAAGCAUUCAGCGCCUUCCUCUGGAAGGUGGUCGCCGCUGGGGAAGCUGAGAAGGACAAGAUCUGCAGAAUGGGCAUCGUGGUGGACGGGAGAACAAGAUUGAGCGACGGAGACAGCGAGAAGCUGAAACUGAUGAAAGCCUACUUCGGCAACGCCUUGUCCAUUCCAUUCGGGAAGAACAAAGCCGGCGACCUCCAGGAGCGGCCGCUGAGCUGGGUGGCAGAAGCUGUUCACCAGUUCCUGGAAACCGCGGUGACGAAGGACCAUUUCCUUGACCUGAUCGACUGGGUUGAGGCUCACCGCCCAGAGCCUGCUCUGGCGAAGAUAUACGCCUGCUGCGGAGGGGACGGACCGGAUUUCGUGGUGUCGUCGGGGCAGCGUUUUCCGGCGGCAAAGGUGGAUUUCGGGUGGGGGACGCCAGCGUUCGGGUCGUAUCACUUUCCCUGGGACGGGAAGACUGGGUACGUGAUGCCGAUGUCGAGUUCGGCGGGGAAUGGGGAUUGGAUUGUGUACAUGCACAUGACGAAAGGGCAGCUGCAGCUGAUCGAGACGGUGGCCGCCGAUGUGAUUAGGCCAUUGACCUGCGAUUAUUAUCUGCCACUUGCUGGCUGAAAGUGAAACAACGUACAAAUCCGACAAAGCAGGCUUUAUGUAUGUAUUAUGGUUCCGAGUGUGAAGACAGGUUCAAGUCUUUCAUAUCACCAGUCCACCACACGUUUACUUGGUGAUUGAUUUUCGAGUCUGUUCUUUAUAUUUUAUUUUUAUUUAAAAUAUUACUUAAAUACUUUAGAAAAUAAUAUUUAACAGAGUUGUUCUAUAGA